UGCAAUUUAAAAAAAUUACAAUUGAAAGUGAAAAUUUGAUAUUAUCCCACAUAGCAAAUUUUUGUGUCCACACAAUCACUUUUCCCUCGGCCCAAUUACCACAAAGAAUGAUGGCCCUGAAGUGGCCCAGAACUGGAUCAAAGAAGGGUCACACAUGGGCCAUAACUGGCCCGAAUCUCAGCCAGUUAAUCACCCUGAACUGGGCCAAAACAGGUUUUAUUGUUGGUACCAAUUCUCAGCCAUAAGUUAACCAUAUCAACAUCACCCUUUAACCAAAAACCCCAAAACUGAGCCAUAACCCAGCCUAAUCUUACCCAAACCAUGUGAACCCAAUCAUCUGCCCAAGUACAGCAAAGAAUGACGGCCCUAAAGUGGCCCAGAACUGGAUUAAAGACAAGGGUCAUACAUGGGCCAUAACUGGACCGAAUCUCAGCCAGUUAAUCACCCUUAACUUGCCCUGAACUGGGCCAAAUCUGGUUUUAUUAUUGGUACCAAUUCUCAGUUAACCAUAUCGACACCACCCUUUAACCAGAAACCCCAAAACUGAACCAUAACCCAGCCAUUUUUAACCCAACAUUCAGGUUUGUCCAUAUUUUACCCAAAUUUGGGUUAAAACAACUCAGCAUUGUUUAGAGUGUAGUGCCUUUCUGAUGCUCAUGGACACUUCACAAUCAAUCAGAAUUUAAAAAUAUAUAUAUAUAUUGAUAGAUAUGACUUACAUGAUUAUAAAAUCAAGCCAAAUAAUCAUGCUUUGAGUGAAUGUUUAUAGAACCGCAUGUUUUACUGCAUUCAGAAAAGUAUGUACAAUUAGAAUGAAUGGGUUUAGAAAGCUAAUAUUUGGUUAGUCACUAAAACAACCACGACUAGUACAAGGAACGUUUGAGCAUCAAAUCCUUAUCAGCUUGUGAGCAAGCAUGCAAGUCCACUGGGAUGCAAGCACAAACAUGUAAACACAUGCAGUUCUAUUUCCUAUCUCCUUGUUUCUUAUUUUGAAAGUAUGAUAAUGAAUGCAUUUAAUGUGAUGGUCACACCUGCCUGUUUAAUCCCUUUAGAUGUUCUUGAGACUGGGUUUCUCUGAUGUAUUUACUUUGAAGACAUAAAUAAUUGGAGGGAACGAUCCAGGAAGCUGCAGGUGCCAUUAGCUUGAUUACCCUGUUUCAUUGAGGCCACUGAUUGGUUUGCUUGUAGAUGGCCAAUCAGUGCAAUUAAAAGUAGAUAGCUCCUCCCACUGCUUGUGAGAAUUCACAGCAUUUGAGCUUGAUUUGUAUUGGGCAACUGCACAAUUUUGUGAUUGUUCGUGAGGUUGUCACAUUUGUUUGGUUAUUUAGUUGGUUAGUUUGGUAGAUAGCACAUUUUAAAAAGUACACUUUAUCAUGGUUUUGUCAAAAGGAAAGAGAUGCUUCUCAGUCAGUGAGACAGAUUUCAGCUCAUCUAGCAGCACUGGAAGUUACAAGACACGUGAAACUCUGCCCAGCAACUCCACAGGGAAGAUCCCAUCUUCUCGCAGUCGUGAGCCUCACAUCAGGAGCCUGCCUGUGUUCAAGCCCGCGGGAAGCCCCACCGCCUCUCGUGACGCAGAGCUUUAUGCCCCAUACAGGAUGCCCCUCAAAGCCCCUUCUAUCACCAACAGCAGUACCAACUCCAGCUCUACCAGAAGAAGAACUACUCCUGUGCGCUACCAUUCCUGCGGAGACAAUCAUGGCAUCAAGCCUCCCAAUCCAGAGCAGUACCUUACCCCUCUACAGCAGAAAGAGGUAUCCAUACGACACCUCAAGACCAAGCUCAGAGACUCACAGAACACGGUUUGUGACCGGGAGACUGAGAUUGAGGAGCUGAAGUCCCAACUGGAGCGCAUGCGGGAGGACUGGAUAGAGGAGGAAUGUCACCGUGUGGAAGCUCAGCUGGCUCUUAAAGAAGCACGCAAAGAAAUCAAGCAGCUGCGCCAAGUGGUGGAAACUAUGAAGAACAGCCUUGUGGAGAAGGACAAGGGCAUCCAGAAGUACUUCAUCGACAUAAACAUCCAAAACAGGAAACUGGAGUCCUUACUCCACAACAUGGAGCUAGCGCAGAAUGGCUGCUACUUGCAGGAUGAGCCGACGUUAGACUUCAUCUGUGGGUCUUCCGAAAUAUCUACCGCUGGCAAGUUGGAGAUGAAUCUACAUGACGAGGAGGAGAUGGCUGAUAGUGAGCUGCUGGCCAAUGACGAGAUGGCCAACAGAGCAGAGACUCUGGAGCAGGUUCUCAUGUCCACUGCCGUCGAUUCAAGCCAGGACGGUGGGACCAAGAUCAUUCCCCAACCGGGACUGUCCACCUUGGAGACGAGCGUCUCGGAAAAGAGCACCGAGGAGCAUAUCUCAAGCGACCCCUUUGGUCCAGAAGAGAAAGGUGUCCAGACGGAUGAGAUCUACACCGCUGAUCUCCAAGCUCUCCUUUUCCAACUUCUAAAGCUCCAGGGUGGUGGCUUCUCUGGCCUCCUUAUUCCUUCUCCCCUCCAAUCCCAGGGAUUACCUUCAGAACAGGUUCCCAAAAAGUUUGAGGACUUGCUAGAAGCACAAAGCCCCAUAAAGAAGGAGAAGUCGCCUGAAGCACAAGACAAAGAAGUCAAAGAUGUUGGCCUCAUUUGCACCAACAUUUCCCAGAAUGCUCCUGGUGAUUCCGGUCUGUGUGUUUCUGAGCCCGGAAUGAGUCCUGAGUUCAUGGAGGAGCUGAAUUUCGACUUGAAGAAUUCAAAGAAUACCUCAGUGGUUGGGAAAAGCCACUGGAGCAACAACUUCUUGGUGGAUCUGGUUGCUGUGGCGGCACCCGUGCUGCCCACCGUGGCGUGGCUCUACUCGCAGCACGGUUUGGUCGGAGGGGCUCCAGUGUACAACAUUGUAGCUUUGAUUCGAGGCUGUUGCAUUGUGGGAUUGCACUCACUCCGCCAUGUCCCUCACGGGCCAGACACUUAGUAGCCCUCACCCACAUCUACAACAAGAGCACUUAAACUUUAUUUUCAAGUAAAAAUUGUGUUUUUGCACACGUGAUUAUACGCAUACACUUAUUUUCUGUUUAGUUUUCCUAAUUUGCACUGUGUAUUUUUCCCAGCUGAGGCACAAAGGUUGAAUUUAUAAGGUUAUAAAGGGACUUGAUUUGUCUUUUUCUUUUUGUUAUUUAUUCCCCUUAUGUUUGUGUGUAUAAAUAUAUAAAUAUUUUUGCAGAAUCUGAUCAUGUUGGUGGUUAUGUUGCUCAAGUCUUGUUCUUUGCUGACUGCUAUUCCCUGCUUUUUAUAGUCAUUUGCAGUGACAAUAGGGGUUGACUGUCAGUUAACGGUCGUUUUUUGUUGUAGUUAAAAUGUCACUUGUGUUCCAAAAGAACCAAAACCUUCUGCCAAAGCUUAAAUGUGUUCAACCUUUUGUGUUAAGUGAAAGUGUAUUUUCUCUCCUUGGAGUUCGAGCUUUUCACAUGUUGCAAACUGACAUUUCCUGAAAGGCAGCAUUUGCCAGCAAACACUUGUUAUGUGCCUGAGCUAUAUGUGCAAUAUUUUUGUUUAUCAGAUGUAUAUUAUAUUUAUUAUUAAAGCAUGGAAAACCCCUUCAA